AAACGUUGGAAUGUGGCAGUCAGGGAUCACUAGCGACUGAAAAGACUUUGACAGUUUAUAUUGCAGAGUGUUUCUGACUUACAAGAGUGUCAAGAUGACCAAUGCCUAUUCCUUUGAUGGAAUGCUUAUAUUUGGAUUAUUGGUCAUCUGCACCUGUGCGUAUAUGAGGAGGGUUCCCAGAUUGAAGCAGUGGUUUCUCUCAGAGAAAAAGGGCUUUCUGGGUGUCUUUUAUAAAGCAUCUGUUGUGGGAACAAGAUUACAUAUUCCAGUGUCAUUAAUAUGUGUAUUAAUGGGACUCUAUGUGUUGUUUAUCAAGUGAUGAUUGGACGUGUUAUAAAAUGCAUGGAAAAAACUAUGAAGAGCAAGCAUUGUAUCAUUACACUACAGGACUGGACCAAGAUGCUUUAAGAGCCACCUGGAAGAAAAAAAAACUGGCUUAGUUCUGAAAUCAAGAGAACCAACAUGGAGUGAAGGAUGUUAUUCUUGUUUGUGGUAUCAAGCUUACUGAACAACAUACUUUGUAAAUAGUUGACAUAUAACUAUGGUAUUCAUCCAGCUGUACAGUGUGAAUGAUGAAAACUGUCAUUUCAUGCUAACAACAACAAAAAAAUAUCUCUACUGUUACAAAACAUUGACAGAUUUACAUAAUACUGUAAAAUAUUAUAUAUAUCAUUGUCUGGCUCUGCUGAUGAGCCACAGGCAAAUCCCUGGGCUGAAUUCAGCGCUCGCUGGUAUGGAUGUUCAGUGUCAAGAGAUUGGUGAGGGACUGGAAGACCACAGUACAUGGUUUGCUCCCGUUUACUCUGCCCCUAAACUUGACAUCUAGAGUAUUCAUUUCAGUUCACCACUGCUAUGUUGAGGAGUAUUUGGAUGUGCCACACUCAUGACUGCUAAGCCUCUAGUCAGAGACCUGGCCGGAGUGGUGAAAGACAGAGAAUGAUUACUGCUCAAAUACGUACUCCCCUUUCCUCUAGGUGUUCAAAUCCAUCUUGUAAUAUUCCCCUUCCAAUCACCACACUCAGUCUUGUAAUCCACUUAAGUAUCAUUUCUUAACAUAGAGCACUCAAGCCAUGUGGUACUUCAUGGAAAUGGGUUAUUUAUAGUAUUAUAAUUCUGAACUAUCAAAAAUAAUGUCAACUACCAAUUAUGGUGUGCAGGAGUUGGACUGUUGGUCCUGAUUCAAGUGUUCACGGCACCUGGUCUGAUGACAAAGCAAAUAGCGGCAGUGUUGAAAUCACCUCUCACCAUAUAGCCCAGAGGCUACCAUUUUGUAUGUGAGACAGUAAUUUAUUGGAUUACCAUUACAAACUUGUGUUUGACAAUUGGAAGGCUACACUUGACAACAUGGAUUUGACCAGCUAGAGGCAAGAAGAGUGCUUAUAUGGGCAGCAAUCUGUUCUUCACCACUUCGGUGGAUGGCAGGGCCUGUGACUAAAGUUUGAGCAGCCCUCAAUGUGGCCUAUCUGAAUAUUCUUCAAUCUGCAGACUUUGCGCUUGGACUAAUACAGUAGGUCUAUUAUAUUAAAGUUUAAAAUUGUUGAACUUGAUGAAACACCAAUUAAACUUAUGUAUAAAUGUAAACUAUUAUUUUUGUAAUCACAGGUAGAUUAUUAAUAAUUUAAUAAACAAGAUACAACAGUUGACAUUGUGUAGGGAAUCAUUUGCUGGUGAAUAUUAUAUCAAAUUUGAUGCCAUAAAGGAUGUCCAUUUCUCUAACUGAAGAUGUUCUAAGGUGUGCAGAUUUGUAAUGGAUUGCUGCCAACAUCAUAUGUUGUCAAAAUAAUUUUGUGAAUAAUCUUGUGGUAGGUUUUAUGCUAGAAGCUAUUACAUAUGUACGUGUGUAAGUUUGAAUUUGCAUCAGGAAAUGAUAUACAUUGUAUCUUCGUUUUUUUUCCCUUAAACCGAAUGUCACGAUUUUCUCUGUAUGCAGUCUCUGGUAUUGCCAAACAGAUUUGUCUACAAUACACGAUGCUGCUUAGUUAAACUUACAUUUAUAAUCAAAUGUUACAUUUGUUUUUAA